AGAAGGGGAAGCAAAAUGGCGGAAUCGGAUGGGAUGGGCCUCUUAUUGUGUUGCUAAAAGAAAAAUGUUUCAUCUCUCUACAUGUCGUUUAAAAGUUACCAAAAACAUCUUAAAGGGUAAAAGCGGGUUUUCAGCUCUGGGAUUUACCAGCCGCCUCAUCUUUUCACUUUGAAGAUGGGAACAGAUGGACAGGCUAACAAAGAUGACGAAGUAGUUGUGCCGGCCAAGUCUCAAACUGAACAAAGUCCAGCUGAAAAUGAGGAAACUAGCGAGUCUAAAUCCGAUAGAAAGACGGAUGGCAUAAGAUGUUUCCAAGGAAACAGAGAGACCACGGAGGAUGAGCCCAGUGAACUGGGAGCUGCUGUUGUUACUGCUUCUGAACCUGUGUAUCUUGUGCCUCAGUUCAUCUCACAACCUCAGUACCUGGACUGUGACUUUGAUGUGGAGUUAACAGCAGAAGUGAGAGUUGAGAAUGGCUCAUCUCUUGCCUUGUUGGCAUCUGUUACCCCUAGUGUUAGAUACCAGAAGCCAGGAUCCUUCUUGAAUGGACAGUUUCUCCUGCGGCCAGCCUUAAGAGAUAAGCGAGGAUCCAUAGACUGUUUUUUGCCUUCAGGCCCUAAUGCUGAAUGGUGUUCAGGUGCAAUUCAAGCCUCGGGGCAAAUGCAACUGCACUGUGCCCUCAAAACCUCUGAGAGAGUCAUAGAGACCGCCAAAAGCCCUCUUCCAUCAUCACCUUCCAAUUCCCCAUCAUCUCCUUCAUCUGCCCCCUCUUCCCCCUCCUCAUCUCCCUCAUCAUCCUCUCCUGGUACAAACUACCACGUGGAUGAAAACAGAGGGUGUGCUGGAGACAACAGGGCCAGCAAAGGGCCAGGAGACUUUGUGUCCUCCACUUCAUCCUCUCUAGGGCCAUCAUCACAUUCUGUGCCACCUUCUUCUUCUAAUCCUCCAUUUCACAGAUCUUCAUCAUCCACACAUCCUUGUAAUGAUGAACAGAGGGAAGGUGUAGACAAUGACAUAUAUGACCCCUUUCACCCAACUGAGGGGGAGGGCGAAAGAGAAGAAGGGUCCUCUGAAGAUGAAGAGGAGGAUAAGUAUGAUCCCUUUGAACCUACUGGUUCUCCAGCUUCUGAAACAGAAGAAGGAAAAAGAUGUAUGGAUGAGGAAAAUGAAGGAGAAAGCAGCAUCAACAGUGAAGGGAAUGUUAAAGGUGAUAGAAAAUUGAAAAUAGGGCAUGCUGCUGAUACAGAGGGUGGGCCUCCAGAUUCAACAGAAAUAGUCGCUUCAUCUUCCAUGUUUAAUGAUGUACCUUUAGAGCUUAACAGAAAACAGUCUAUCAAAGACAGAGCAAGGGAACAUGGAACAAAUCUAAGAGAAAUGAAAACAGACUCUGAGCACUCUGAGAUAGAAGAAGGAGAGAUAGUGGGAGCCAAUGAAAGAGGAAGGGAACGGGUAAUAGAGAGAAGAGAGGUAUUGCUUCCAGCCUCAAGCAGUCCUUCCUACCUUCAGGGGAGCUGCCCAAAACCUGAAAGGAUCUUACGGGUCUUAGAGGGUGAUGGGUUUGUAUCUGUAUGUGCUGAUGAAGAAUGGGAGAGGGAACCAGUGGCUUCUGUAGGUGUGGGAGAUCUGAGACGAAAACUGACAAGCAGGCGGAAAGAACGGUUAAGAUCCUGUCCUUCUUCUGAAUCGAUGUCACCUUCACCUGCUCCUGUUUUGUCCCUGCCUUUGCCUUCCCCACCUUUUCCCACUUCUCCACCCAUAUCCAGUGAUAAAGGAAGGAGUCGUAAAUCCUCCAAAAGUUCAAAGGACAGGGACAGACACAAGCGUAAGGAGGAAAGAGGAGAAAAGGAAAAGAGAAAGAAAAGGAAAGAGUCAGGUGAAGGGAAUCGAGAGAGCAAAGAGGCAGAUCAUGGAAGAGAGAACAAAGAAAAGAGUAGGGACAGGGAGAGAAGUAGCAGAAGUGAAAGUCGCAAAAGGAAAAAAAGACGCCAGAGUUCUCCAGAACAUUCCUCACGUUCCCACUCUCAGAAUGCCUCCCGACAUACUCACAGUCGCAGGUCACGGUCCAGCCACUCUGAGGACCAUCACAGAGAUCGUGUCAGGGAUAAAGAAAAAGAUAAAGAAAGAGACAGGACCCACGAAAGAGACCGGGAUAGGGACAGAUGGCGAGAUGAUAGACACAGAGAGAGAGACAGAGACUCCAAAAGAAGAGAUGAACGUAGGAGAGAUAGAGAUGAAGAUAUUAGGAAAUCAAGAAGUAGAGAAAGGAGGAGUACAAAAAGGAGCAUAGGAAGCAGUGACAGGAGAGAUCGAGAGAAGGAGAUGGUGAUGGAUAGAGACAGAGACAGGAGAAGAGAUAGCAGACCCGUUGUACCCCCGUCCAUUCAAGAUCUUAGUGGCUCGGAUCUUUUUGCAAUCAAACGCACUAUCACUGUUACCACCACUACAACCACCACUACACUCCCAAGUUCACCACCCUGUAGCCAACAGCGUUCCCGCAGCAACUCCCACAGCUCAGACAAACACCAUAAGAGAAAGAAGAAACGAAGAAGACGAUCCGAUGAUGAGGAGAGAAAAGAAGAUGAGCACAGGAGCAGGUCUCGACCCACCUCCCUUACUCCUCCACGUUAUCAUGGAUAUGAGUCAGACCAUCCUGAGAUAGACAUGCUGUCUUUGGAUGGGGAAGCACUGGAUUCAGACUACCCUUCACUUGAGGACUCACCAUUGCUCCCCCCUCCUCCUGAACCCCCUCUGCCCAUGCCCAAAAUUAAAUCCACAGCACCCAAGGCAAGUCAACAUCAUCUAAACAAGAAAUCUAGAUCGGGCAAGAAAGUUGGACUGUCUGAAUCGACCUCAUCUUCCUCUUGUCAUAGACCAAAAUCCAAAAGGAAAAAUCUCUUGUCAUCUCUCUCACCACCUCUUUCUGCAUUAUCAGGCAACACCACUUCCCUUCAGCCUACAGCGUCCUCAUCCACUACUAAACGAGGACGGAAAACUGGUAAAGAAAAGAUGGAUGCUGGACGUUCUGGCAGGUCCAAGAAGCUUGGUGGUAGUAGCAGAAAGGGUAAGCUCCAGUCUAAAGUGUCUGUUCUGGUGCGUGAGGGUGUCAGCAGCACCACAGGGAACUCUGGGAAGUUGGGCAUUGACCUUCUUGGACCUAGUGGUGGAGUUGUUGGUGGACCUUCAGGGUCAUCAGUAGUUGGUGGGUCCAUUGCUGUGGUGUUUCGCAGGGACAAUGAGAGCCGGUCACCUUUUCUUAAGCCCUGUUCAGAGACCCUGCCUCUUCCAGGGAGAGUUAAGGACCCAAACAAAACCGGGAAACAGCGCAACAUCCUUAGGCCUUCUUCUUUAACCAACCAGGGUGGACUCAAGUCAAAAAAAAACAAGCCUAGUUCUGCUACAUCCACAUCCUCAUCUGCCUCUUCCCCUACAUCAUCGUUGGCAGCGAAACGUAGGAGAAGGCCUGGAAAGAAGCCCAGAGAGAAAGGGCUAACUGUGGAUGGAAGUGAUGCUAAAAAUUCUAACAGUAAUUGUAGCACGGUUGUUGGUGAAUGGAUGGGAGUAUCAGGUGAAAUACAGCCACUGGUUGGGGCUGGAUCCAAGCCGUCAAGUCCUCCUUCAGCUCUCCCUGGCCCCACUCCAUCGUCCUCUUCCUCAUCUUCUGCUUCCUCAUCUGCAAGUUUGCUUCCUCCAUCUUCCUCGCCACCACACACAUCUCCUUUGUCUUUGCCCCCAUCUCGAGAUACUAGAGAGUCAUCCCCAGACUCUCAAACUGUUGACAGCAGCUGUAAGACACCAGAGCCUUCAUUCCUCUCAGAGGAGUGCCCUGGUCAGUCUAAACCCUUUUCUCUCACACCCUCAAAGUCUCCUUUAAGCCCUCCAAGCCUGUUGUCAUCACAGAUCAGGGGGGAAAGCAUAUUACAAUUCUCUUCCAGUUCUAAAACUCUCCCACCAGAUGAUCAGAAAGCAUCACCACCAUGCUCCACUUCUUUAUCAGCUUCAGUGUCGGCCUCUCUCGCUCAUUCCAGCGCUCCUCUGGCAAACGAGCUGUCCUCUUCAUCCUCUUCUUCAGUGUCCUCAUCUUCAAUAAACAAACCACCACCACCUCCCCCUCCACCCCCUUCAGCACCCCCAUUACCCUGGAGUCUGCAAACCGGAGUGGACUGCACUGCUGGAGGUGUUUUGGCAUUGACAGCCCUUCUAUUCAAAAUGGAGGAGGCCAAUAUAGCCAGCAGAGCUAAGGCACAAGAGUUCAUCCAGGCCACAAGUCAGAUUCUUUCUCAGGCUAAUCAGAACCAAUCACAGCCACACCCCUCAUCGUCUAUGUCAUCACAAGUACCACCCCCUCCAUCACAUGCUCCACCUCCAGGACCCAGUCCUGCACAGUUUAUUCUUCAUAGCUCUGUCCCAUUGGUUGGCUGCACCAAAACGCCACCCUCACACUUGCUUCCUGGACUCUCAAUGGGUGGAGGCUGUGCUCAGACUCCGCCUCCUCCAUUGCCAACAGGGGUGUCAGGGGACUUCAGUGAAACAGGAUGGGACAAUGAAAGUAAAGACCCUGAUAAGUACUUGAAAAAGCUGCACACCCAGGAGAGGGCAGUAGAGGAAGUCAAAUUGGCUAUCAAGCCAUACUACCAACGCAAAGACAUAAACAAAGACGAAUACAAGGAUAUCUUAAGAAAGGCUGUGCACAAGAUUUGUCACAGCCGAACAGGCGAAAUCAAUCCAGUUAAAGUGAGUAACCUGGUCAAGCUUUAUGUCCAGAGGUAUAAGUAUUUCAGAAAGCAUGGUCGCAAGAUGGACGAGGAGGACAGGGAGUCUGCCUCCAUGCAUUCCUCAACAUGAUUAGACAAAGACUGUUUAUUUCUUUAUCUGGUUAAACAAGUUUGCAAAAUCUCCACCCUUGCACGUGUUUAGCCCCCACUGUGGCGAUCGAGUGACAGUUGUUUGUUAAACUCUAUUCUCCCAUGUGUUGACAUCAUGUAGACCUCUGUACUCCACAAUCCUGCAGCUCUCUUUCUUGUCUUGCUAUAAAUAUGUAUGAAUUUAAAUGUAUACUGAAAGCGUAAAUAUACGCUCAAGAGGGAGAGAUAAAGAUGGCAUACACUUUUUCUUUCUUUCACAUUAUGUUUAACCUGUACAUACGUUUAAGUACACUACACAAGUGUGCUUUCUUUCUCCCUUUCUGAGAAGGGUGCACAUUUUAAAUAGUCAACUAGAUUACGCAUUUAUUACUAAGAAGAUUUUGUGUUUGAGAGAGAAAAUGAAUAAGAAUAGGAUGUUACUUUUACCCCAUCUAAAUUUCUUUGAGAUUGACUUUGUCAAAGAGCAUUUGUGUGUUGAGGUGCCAUUUAGACACGUUAUACAAUCUUUCAUUUACGUAGGUUUUGAGGUAUACAUGGAAUGAAAGGUAUGUUCCAUCAGUUUUAUCUCUCAAAGUGAAUGUGUACAUAGAUGGUGCAAAUUGAUGUUUUAAGAUUUUUUUAUUUAAGUUCUAGGCAAUUGAUUUCUGAACACAAUCUGUUCUCGUCACCUAACUAGAGAAUAUGUUUUCCCCAUUUAAAAUUAUAUAAUAUAAUUGAGCCAGCAAAAGAUAAUGGAAGACAAUAACAUUGUAUUUGAAUGAUUGCGAUAAAUGCAUGCGUUUUGGAUUUUAUUUGUACUGAAGAAAACUGUAGUGAUUUAAGGGUCACUUGAGGGAUAAACUUGUGUCCUAACCUCUA